AUGUCAAUGAGAGUUUUCACCUUGUUUACAGAUGUCUCUUGUUUACUCUUCCAGGCUCCUCUUCACGUGUUUGUUUGUCUGAUGGGACUGGUUGCCCUCUGUCAGUCUGACUGCUUCUUCCAAGAGUUAGUGAAUAAAGAUUUAAAAAACCCUCCAAAAGGGUGUGUGGAUAGAGACGGAAAGCAGCAUGAUUUUGGCUCUGAAUGGGUAAGAGACUGCAUGGAGUGCUCUUGUACGACGGAGGGCUUGAGCUGCUGUAGCAAGAUCCCAGACGCAGACACAGUGGACAUUCCUGAGGAGUGUGAGCUGGUUGUGAAUAAGCAGGCCUGCUCUGCCAAAGUGGUCCUGAAGUCAGACAAGACAAAAGAGUGUAGCCCCAUCUGACUUCUCUACAAAGUGACAUCUACACAACAGUGGACAACUCAAGUCCAAAAUAACAAUAGAAAUGUUAUUUGUUUCAUGUUUUUUCAGCUAUAUGGUGUGUGGACAUGCAGUAAAUUACCAAUAAACAAAGA